AUGACAUCGAGUAAAGACCUCCGCAGAGCAUCUAUACCUGGUGAUAAUUCAUGUUUAUUCUCAUGUAUUCAAUAUAUUAUCUACAACGGUUGCUAUGAUUUAGCUCAAAAUAUACAUUUUCGUCGCAUGGUAGCGUCGUAUAUUACCCAUAAUACAAAUAUUCAUUAUUAUGUUACACAACCAAUUCCGGUAUAUUGUGACUGGAUUCAAAAUGAAAAGCAUUGGGGUGGUGAACUAGAAAUAUAUGUAUUAUCUAAAAUUUUUUCAGUUCAAUUUCGUGUGAUUGAUAUGUCGAAAACCGAAAAAAAGAUUAUCUCAUAUGGCGAAAAACUCUAUACAGAAUGCGCUUAUCUAUAUUACAAUGGAACACAUUAUGAACCAUGUUAUUCGCCAAAUGAAAACGACGAUAAUAAUGUAAAACAAACAAAAUUUUCAUCAGAUGAUCCAAAAAUAGUCGAAUUAGCUAAAAGUCUUAUUAAAGUAGAGUGCUUGAAAAAGUGCCUCGAAGAAUGUUUAAAUGAUGACCAUGAAGAUGUCAUGGGUGAACCAGAAUCCGAAAAUAACGUUCAUCAUGAUCAACAAAUUGAGGAAGAAAAACGAAUGGAACUUGAAAAAAAAAAUAGCUGUACUAAAUUGGGUAUACUGACAUGUGAAACCAGUUUACAGCAUGAUAUAGUAUUAGAUAUAUUACCAACAAUAAAUGUACAAUUGGAUAGAAAUAAUAUCCAUGUAACGGGAGACCAUGGUUCUUUACCAAACGACGUUUGUAUGGUAUCGAAGAUCACACUUCCGUUACCUCAUGAAUUUGGAGAAAACAAAGAUUCUGCAGCAGAACCAAUUGCUACUGUAAAACACACGGGUGAUCGAUUACAACUUGUUGAAUUUCUUCAAGAAGAAUACCGUGGAUAUUAUAAAACUCAAUAUAAGCCUAAAAAUCGUCCAAGAAAAGAACCGAAAUGUGGCACAAAACAAAUGCAUUGUGUUACAUACAUGAAGGAUAAGAAUGGAAAGACAUUAAAACUUAGAUUUCCGCCAAAUUUCCUUUACAAAUAUGAUACUAUUGUGGUUGAACGUUUGACUGUGGAAAUAGAUGGACAACACUAUUAUAGUCCACAUGUUUUUCAAGAAACGAACAGUGAAUCUGAACCUGUAUACGCAAAUACAAUCUAUAUUCCACUCAGCAGCGAAAAAUUGAUUGUAGAGUUAGAAUUGCCAUUAGUAGCUAUUAUGCUAAAACAAGAUGAAUUAAUAACAUGUCAACCAUUAAAACCAUACAGGCCGACAGGGAAAGAAAAUCUUGCUGAAACAUAUCGAUAUCCAAAUGACUUUAUCCAAAAAUAUCAACUUAAUCAAUCCCAAAUUGCAUUUACAUUGGGGAAAAGAAUUGGUAAUAAUAGUUACGACAUAUUUUGUGAUACAACAUGCUUAUCGAACAUCAUUACGCAAGAAGAAAAUAAACAAUAA